GAUAGUAGGUAUUCAUAUCGCGCAUCUUUACAAUGGUGUGAUUCCAGAUUUUUAUUUGUAAGUAUUUAUAGAAUCCAAUAUCAAUUUAGACAAAGUGCCCGUCUCAAGACGAUAAAACAGUUAAAUGAAUUCGGUGAUGGCGAACAAGAGAUAGCAACUAACAACCCAAUUAAGCAAUACUUCUUUCCAAAUCUUCCUAAAGACUGUUUUUAAGGUUUAGUUUCCCGCGACGAGGCCAGAUGUGCAGAGAUGCCAACAUUGAGAGAGAUAAAAAAGACGGAAUUAGUAAUUUAUUUUAUUAGUAUAUAAUUAAAGACACCUUCUAGUUAUCGCUUCUAGUGUUUACUAACAUAUAAAACAAAUUUAUUAAAAAAUAAAUAAAUAUCCUAACUGAGAUUUCGAUUAAUUACAAACGAAAUGAACUUUCACGAAUAUAAUUUUGAAACGAAUGAGAAAAGGGAAAUCGUUUGAUGGACCAAUAUGGACAAUAUGACGUCGAAUGCCACUUUGAGGAACAAGCAACGGAAAGACAACUUGAUAACACGGAAACAGGACAAGAGUCCAGAGAAGAGUAUCAGAGGGACCCGGGGGGCUUACCGGGCUGUGCCUUCGACUUCGAAGAAUGAGGAGGAACCGGACCGGCUGGACCGGUCCAAGAAGUUCAUCUCACAGAACAAGCCGGGCUAUGGGCUGGGCAAGAGACCGGAGUUCCUCAAGAACAGGAACGUGCAUUUAGCCUCCUCGCGAUAUGGACAGAUGACGUCAGGGCUCCACGGGCACGGGAUCGCGGCGCCGGCGCACCACCUCGAGCCCGCCGUGCUGCCCAAGGAGAAGACCGUCCAUGGCAAGGAGAAGACCUUUAAGGUGGUGGUCCCAGGCGAGGUCGGCGUGCUGAAGCCGGCCCUGGGGCCGCGGCCCUACAAUGCCCUGGCCAUCAUCCACACCCAGCCCAGCAACACCUUUGACAUGCUCAACUCGCUCACCACCAGCGUUGCAAACCAACCGGUGGGCGUGAGCGUGGGGGGCUACCGGCGCCGCAGCUCCGGCCAGGGAGCCCUGUGCGACCCGGAGCUGGACGACAGCGGGAACAAGCUCGUGGCCCGACUGGAAGACGACGCCUUCAUCUCCGAGCAGGACUUGGAAGAGAACAUCGAGAUAGCGACGAAGACGGUUCGGCCGGAGGACGCGGAGGUGGAGGAGGAAGGGGCGGAGCCCACGAAACCCGCCAACGGGCUGGUAUACGGGGACCUGGAGCUGGACAAGUUGGACCUGCAGAAAGACAAGCAGAAGCCCGACGAAGACGAGGAGGAACCGAUCGGAGUGUCGCCUUGCGGCAGGUUCUUCAAAUACGACAAAGAGGUUGGUCGCGGGUCCUUCAAGACGGUGUACCACGGGCUCGACACGCAGACCGGCGUCGCUGUGGCUUGGUGCGAGUUGCUGGAGAAAAAGCUAAAUAAAACCGAGCGUCUCCGCUUCCGCGAGGAAGCGGAUAUGUUGAAGAAACUGCAGCACCCAAACAUAGUCCGCUUCUACAACUACUGGGAGGGCGUCGUGGCCAAGAAGAAGAACAUCGUGCUCAUCACGGAGCUCAUGCUGUCCGGGACACUUAAAGCGUGAGUUGACUGUUACUGC